AUGUCCCAGUCAAGUCUUAAAGAAGAACCAAAACCACCGCUGGAUGCACCUGGAACCAGCGAACUUAACGAUUCUCCCGUAAAUCUUUCCGACGUCGCGUCAAGCAAGGAAGAAGAUAUCUCAAACGAAAAGCGGGAACUCAAGGAAAGUGACUGCUACGAGACACUGGGCUACUGCUGGCCCAGAUGGAAGAAAUGGAGUUAUCUCGUCUCGGUCGCGUUUGUUCAAGUGUCGAUGAAUUUCAACACGUCUGUUUAUCCCAAUGCAAUCAUACCACUUUCCAAGGCCUUCAACAUUAGCGAGCAACAUGCUCGAACAGGACAAAUGGCCUAUCUUGUUACGUACAGUAUAGGAUGCGAAUUAUGGGCGCCAUGGUCUGAAGAGCUAGGGAGAUGGCCUAUCUUGCAGCUCUCCAUGUUCUUAAUCAAUAUCUGGCAGAUCCUGGCAGGUCUUGCCCCGAACUGGGGAAGCCACGUAGUGGCUCGAGCAUUGGGCGGUCUCUCCACCGCUGGAGGUAGUGUUACCCUCGGUUUGAUUGCGGACCUUUACGAACCCGAAACACAGCAAUUUCCUCUUGCGUUUAUUGUGCUCUCUUCUUGUAUUGGCACCAGUAUUGGGGGUGUGAUCGGUGGGCCAAUUGAGCGAUUCCUCACAUGGCGAUGGUUCUUUUGGAUCCAACUUAUCUUCGGAGGAGUCACACAAGCCAUCAUCUUUUUCAUGCCCGAGAGUCGCUCCACCAUUUUGAUUGACAAGGAGGCCAAACGCCGGCGCGAAACCGGCGAAGACCCCAACAUCUACGGGCCCAACGAGCUCAAGAAUCCCCGGAUUUCACUAAAAGAUGCAGGAAGGAUCUGGAUCCGACCUUUCCAUAUGCUCGUACGGGAACCCAUUGUGCUUUGCCUGUCUCUUCUGUCCGGAUUCUCCGACGCUCUGAUCUUCACUUUCCUGGAGAGCUUUGCCAUUGUCUACGAGAAAGGAUGGGGCUUUGGCAUUCUCGCCCAAGCCUGGGCCGUCAUCCCCAUCAAUGCUGCCUAUGUGAUUGCCUAUUUCACAUAUUUCCCUUGGUUCCGCAGAGAUCAGUCUAUCCGCCAGGCCCGGGGCAAUGAUGCAUUGGUGCCGGAACGCCGUCUGAAAUGGCUUUUAUUCCUCGCACCACUCGAACCUAUUGGUUUGUUUGGCUUCGCCUGGACCUCUCUCGGCCGCGAACACAAUGUGCACUGGAUCGGCUCCAUGAUCUUCUCGGCCUGCGUCGGAAUCGCCAACUACGCCAUCUAUCUGUCCUCAGUGGACUAUAUGGUCGCCUCCUACGGAGUCUACUCGGCCUCGGCUACCGGUGGAAACGCCUUUGCGCGAGACCUGUUGGCCGGUAUAUCUGCCAUGUAUGCCACGCCCAUGUACACCAACAUCGGCAACAAGUACCCGGUUGAGUAUGCUUCUACGAUUCUGGCUUGUAUGUCCUGUCUGGUGGUGAUACCUAUCUAUGUGUUCUACUGGAAGGGCCCUCAGAUCCGUGCUAACAGCAAAUUUGCAUCCACGCUUGCUGCUGAUAGAAAGGAGAAUGAGGGUCGUCGUGCUAGCAGAAUCAAUUCUGAGCCUUGA